UCGUCAGUUGAUAGGAUGGCGUCCAAAGCAUACGUUACGGUCAACGUGCUGUUAAUUUCUGUCGCCAUAAUACUCGGUAACGUGCUGCGAUUUAGAUUCUUGCCAUUCAACAAUGACACCAAGAAAUCGCUCGGCUAUCCUAAAGACAGUCUUCUUAAUUUUACUGAAUUAGCAGGGAAAUAUGGAUAUAAAUCUGAAGAGCAUACUGUGAUUACUGACGACGAUUAUGUGUUGACGAUAUUUCGGAUUUUACGUGGAAGGAAUUGUUAUGGAAGAAUAAAAGAACCACCGGUGAUUUUAAUGCAUGGCCUGCUUCAGAGUUCCGAUGCGUGGCUCGAUGCAGGACCCAACGCUGGACUGGCGUACCUACUCGCCGAUGCCUGCUAUGACAUUUGGGUAGGAAACCAGCGAGGCAACUACUACGCGCGCAGACACUUACACUACGACCCGGAUAAACACGCGCAAUUUUGGGACUUCUCUGUCGAUGAAAUAGGGUUAUACGACAUCCCUGCUACAAUCGAUUAUGUGCUUAAUCACACGAGGCUCCAGAAGUUGAAUUACAUUGGAUACUCCCAAGGCUCCGGUACGUUUUUCAUCAUGUGUUCCGAGAGGCCUGGUUACUGUGAAAAAGUGAACCUUCUCAUCGGUUUGGCUCCAGCGGCGAGGCAGACGUAUACAAAAUCCGUAAUAUAUAGGAUAGUGAGCACAGGAAUUUCGACUUUUGAGACGGCUUUGACCACGACUGGUCUUCAGGAGAUAUUUGCGAAAGGUGCGCUAGGGCAGGAGUUGCUUGGUUUUAUAUGUCAAUUCGGUUCCUUGUCAGAGCCCGUAUGCGGUACAGCAGAGGGCUUAUUUGAUUCGUUUCACCCGGGCUCCAUAACAAAUGAAACCCUAAGAGUGAUGUUUGGCCACUUUCCCGCGGGAACGUCCGUCAGAAACAUGGCCCGGUACGGACAGAGUAUGAUGACUGAUAAAUUUCAGAAGUUUGACUACGGUAAAGCGAAGAAUUUAGAGAAAUAUGGCAGCCGAGAACCUCCUAAAUAUAAUUUAAACAGUGUCACAGUGCCUAUGGUGAUAAUGUAUGGUAAAAAUGACUUCUUGGUGGACACAAAAGACAUAAAGUGGUUGGUGGAGAAUUUGCCGAAUGUGCUGAUGGUUAAACAAGUAGCAGAUCCCCUGUGGAAUCAUUUUGACAACACAUAUAGUCAGUAUAUUCACGAUUUGAUUUUUCCAACGGUUCAUCAUUAUUUGCUGAAAUUUAGCAAGUGAUGCAGCAAAAUGCAAGUUCAACAAAUUUUUUAAGGUUAUGUGAUAAUUUUUUAAUUUAUAUAUGCAUUAAUAGUUAUAAAUAUAGUGUGUUAAGGAUACGAAUCUGUGAUAAUAAAAUAAGAUUUAAAUGUAUUUCAUUUCCUUAUUUAUUUAUGUGAGACACUUCCUGUU